AUGGCUGGUGGCGUCAAAAAACCCAUCAACAUCUUCAAGCUCGGAGACCUGGGUGAACCCAAGGGCGUCUUCAACUGGCGGCUAUGGUUCGCCGUCAUCUCCUUCGGCCUCAUGGGCGCCGCCCGUGGUGUCGAUGAGGGCCUCAUCUCGGGUGCCUUUGGCUCCAAGGAUUUCCAGAGGUUCAUUCACUACGAGACCUACAGCGAGGUCGAGCAGACCAACAUCAAGGCCAACGUCUCCGCCAUGGUCCAGCUGGGUUCCGUCGCCGGUGCUCUCUUUGCUUUCCUCAUCUGUGACAAGAUCGGCCGUAUCUGGGCCACCCGCCAGCUCUGCAUCGUCUGGAUCAUCGGUAUCGCCAUCUUCAUGGCCAACAACGGCUCCCUCGCUGCCGUCUACGCCGGCCGCUUCAUCGCCGGCCUCGGCGUCGGUCAGACCCCCGUCGUUGCUCCCGUCUACCUCGCCGAGAUCGCCCCGGCAUCCAUCCGCGGCCUCUGCACCUGCGUCUUCACCGGCUUCGUCUACCUCGGCAUCGUGCUCGCCUACUUCACCAACUACGGCUGCCAGAUCCACCUCGGCGACAACACCCACAACCGCUGGCUCGUGCCGACCUCGCUGCACAUCAUGUUCGCCGGCAUCAUCUUCAUCCUGACCUUCUUCCAGUACGAGUCCCCCCGCUUCCUCGUCAAGCAGGGCAAGAUCGAGCAGGCCACCGAGACCAUGGCCCACCUCCGCCACCUCCCCGUCGACCACGACUACGUCACCCGCGAGAUCUACAACAUCCAGCACGCCCACCACGAGGAGCUCGAGGCCAGCAAGGGCGCCACCUGGUACGGCAAGGUCAAGGAGCUGUUCCUCGUCCCCAGCAACCUGUACCGCCUCUACCUCUCCACCAUGGUCCAGUUCCUGUCCCAGUGGUCCGGCGCCGGCUCCAUCACCCUCUACGCCCCGGACCUGUUCAAGAUCCUCGGCAUCGAGGGCCAGAACGAGUCCCUCCUCAUCACCGCCGUCUUCGGUGUCGUCAAGCUCACCGCCGCCAUCCUCUGCGCCCUGUUCCUCGUCGACGUCAUCGGCCGCAAGCGCGCCCUGCUCACCGGCAUCACCCUGCAGGCCAUCGCCAUGAUCUACGUCGCCGCCUUCCUGACCCACGUGCCCCUCCUCGGCGUCGACGAGUCCUUCAAGCUGCCCGACCACCUCGUCGGCGUCAGCAAGGGCGCCAUCGCCAUGAUCUACGUCUCCGGCUUCGGCUGGGCCCUCGGCUGGAACUCCAUGCAGUACCUCCUCACCGCCGAGCUCUUCCCCCUCCGCGUCCGCGCCCUCGCCACCUCGUGGGCCAUGACCCUCCACUUCGCCAACCAGUACGGCAACAGCCGCGCCGUCCCCAACAUGCUCGCCUCUACCUCCGUCGGCGGCAUCUCCCCCAUGGGCACCUUCUGGUCCUUCGCCGCCAUCACCCUCAUCGGCGGCGCCUGGGUCUGGUUCUUCGUCCCCGAGACCUCCGGCCGCGCCCUCGAGAGCAUGGACCGCCUCUUCGAGCUGCCCUGGUACAGGAUCGGCCUGUACGGCAACCAGGACGCCGAGGAGAGGGAUAUCGUCCACAACGAGAAGCAGGAGGCCGCAGAGGCCGUUCUCGGAGAGGCCGAGCACGCCGAGAAGAAGAGCGCCCACGUGUAA